AUGAGCAAGAUGGCGGUCGAGAAGAAAGACAAGUCGCAACUACACAAGGUUGCGCUCAAAGGGUCAUCGAAGACAGUCGCAGAAUUCAGAGGUGUUUAUCCUGCAGAAGAUUUCACCCCGGUUAAGAAGUAUGGACUCAACAUGCUCGUAUCCUCGGACGACCAGGUCAAGGCAUACAUCAAGAAGAUAAUGUCACAACUGAACAAAUGGAUGAUUGGGGGCAAGAUCUCGAAGUUGGUGGUCGUAAUCACAAGCAAGGAGACUGGAGAACACGUUGAGAGGUGGCAGUUCGACGUUCAGCUUCUAGGAAAGUCUUCGAAACAACGGCCCUCCAAAAAGGCAGCGGACAAGGAGAACGCAAACCCGGAUGAACCUGCAACAGAAGAGACAGAACCCGAGAAGACCGAGACUCAGAUACAAGAGGAGAUACAAGCAAUCUUUCGCCAAAUCACUGCGUCAGUCACAUUUUUGCCAGUGCUGGACGGCAAUUGCACCUUCAAUGUGUUAGUCUACGCUGACGCAGACUCGGACGUCCCCAUCGAAUGGGGGGACAGCGACGCAAAAGAGAUCAGGAACGCAGAGAAAGUCCAACUACGCAGUUUCAGCACUACCAACCACAAAGUAGAUACCAUGGUCAGCUAUCGAUUGGCGGAUUGA